AUGGCUGCAUCCGCAAAUCCUCUUCUCGCCGAGCGAGGCGCAAGAGACCCUAUCCUAUUUUGUACAGCGUACAAGAGGAACCGUUUCUUUAUGUUCACUCGAAGUGAACCCGAGGACAAAGCGACAGAUCGAGAUAUUUUCAACGAACGUCCAACUCGAGAAGAACAGACUAUUGCCCAGUCAUCAAAUACUGGGCGAACCUCUCAAGCUCCAACAGCAAAAAAUGCCGUCGUCCACACUACGUUCGGUGAUAUACAUAUACGAUUAUUCCCAGAACAUGCACCGAAGGCGGUAGAAAACUUUGUUGGUCAUGCCCGAAGCGGUUACUUUGAAGGUGUUAUAUUCCACAGAGUCAUAGCCAAAUUCAUGAUCCAAACUGGCGACCCAUUGGGCGAUGGGACUGGAGGGGAAUCAAUUUGGGGCAACGACUUUGAAGACGAGUUUGCCCCAGAACUCAAACACGACAGGCGAGUUUAUAUCGCCCCUACUCAACGAUAA